AAAAAGAUACGCAGAGCAAAUUUCCAAUCGACUUUCUCAUGGACGUGUGGAUGAAAAAUUCCAGGAGAGCCAACAGAGUGAUAAAUAAACUGGCACACGCGGUGACCACCACCUGUUAAUGCCAUUGCCUAAUCUGCGGAAUUGAAUCCACCAAAUAUCCAAAGCAGAGUCGAUCAAGCUCGGUGAGUGGUAAAAUUUUUGUAAAGAACGGGCGGUGUUCAUCAUACUUAUCGAUUUGAUGAGCGAGCAACCUCUUUCGUAUCUCUCUAACAGCAACCAGAAUUCACUGUAAAACUGUUCUUGUUAUAAUUCCACUUGAAUCGACAUUAAAUCAAACAAUGAUUUGAAGAGAGUUUUUUUUUGUCAAGACAUCAAUCGGGCCAUAGGUUAUUCAAUCAAAACAUCGUCGCCGGGGAAGCAACAUUAGUAGGUUCUUGUUGUUGGGUUCUUCUUCAGUCCUAGCUAGCUGCUGGAGUGACACUCCUACUACGUUUUUAUUGUUGUUUCUGAUCAUGAAUAUAGAGAAAUAAGUUUAAGUGUGGAUUCAUUGAAUACUUUUGUGUGAUGAAAUUGUUUCCUUUUUGUUUUGUUGCAUGUUGUUGCAUUUUGUUUCAUCCUGUUGCAUUUUGUUGCACCCUGUUGUAUUUUGUUGCUAUCAUGUUGCAUUGUGUUGCUUUUUAUUUUGUUUCUUUUUGUUGUAUCGUGUUGUUUUUUGUUGAAUCGUGUUGUUUUGUUGAUAUGUUUGUUAAUUUGGCUUUCUAUUUAUGUUUACUAUUUAGGAGUAAAAACCAACACACCCAUAAUAAUAAAUUUGGAUUUAGGAAAAUGAACAACAAGAAACAAAAAUAAAUAAUAAAUAAUUACAAUUUAAUAGACAGAAAAUAAAAAGCAAUCUCAUGCAACAAGAAACAAAAAUAAAGUGGUGUGGUGAUAAUAAUUACUUUUUGUUACUAUUUUAAGACUUCAAAAUACAAAAUUCCUAUCUUUUAUUUUUUUUUACAAUUUUAUACAUUUCUUACAAAUUUUCGACAUUUCAUACAUUUUAUUUUUUCACAUUUUGAUUUUUGAUAUUUUAUUUUCUAUGGACUUUUUCAAAUUUAAAUUUUUGUACUCAUUUUAGUAUUUUUCUUUUAUUCUUUUUUCCUCUAUAUCAUUUUUUCUUCAAUUAUUGACCCUUAUUCAACUUUUUGUUACUCCAAUUAUUUUUACUAUUUAAAACUUUUAUUUUAAUAUAUAUGUAUAUUAUUUAAUACAAUUUUCAACUUUUUGUUGCGGUCAUUGAAGAUAGCAUUUAAGAUUUUAGAUUAUAUUAUAUAUUGUAUUUUUAUAUUCUGUUUAACCUUUUUGCUAAUUUUCAUUGUCUUCCUAAUUUACAGACUUUAUAAUCUUUCAAUUUUGUACGGUGUAUAACAUUUCAUUUUUGUGAAAAUUUAUAACAUCUUUUCAUUGAGAACAAUUUUUCUAAUAAUAAUAACAAUAAUAAUUAUUAUUAUUGUUAUUAUUAUUAUAUUUAUUAUAAUUAUUUAUAUUGCUUUUAAUUGUUAGUUAUCAAUACGAGCAACAAAUGGAAGUAUGUGACCUGGGAGUUACCGAGUUUGUGAGCUCAAUAUUAAUAAGGUAGUGGGGUCCAGUGUUUUGAGUAUUUGAAUUAACAUGCGUGACCUGGGAGUUAUAUGCCUAAGUGGGAGCGGAGUGUUUAUGCAUAGGGUGUGUAAUUAGGGAUGGACUCGGGCCGGGCGGCCCGGCCCGGAACCGGCCCGGCCCGGAACCGGCCCGGCCCGGUUACUGUUUGUAGGGCUGAGCAAGAACCGACCCGACCCGACAAAACCGAAUUUUUUUCCGGAUAUUAUCCGAUUGGGUACGGAUAUCCGACCCGCCAAACCGAACCCGAAAUUUGGGCCAGCCUUUGGGCGGUUAAAGGGCUGCGGGUAGGGUUUAUAAAACCCAGACCCGAUCCGCCCGAAAACCCGAAACCCCAAAACGACGUCGUUUUGUAUUUUAUAUAUAUACACACUUAUACUUCUGACUUCGGCCAAACCCUAUCCGCCUCUUUCUUCGAUCAGUCUUCUACUCUUCGCUCUAUCCUCUCUCUUCUCAUCCUCUGUGACCGUGGCUCUGUGAGUUCUGCCUUCAGUUCUCUAGACCUUACUCAGUUACUCUCCUUUGUCCUCUCUCAGCCUCUCGUACUUUGAUUUACUUUGGUAUUUUGGUGGAAGCUCUGAGUGUGUCCCGUGUCCGCACACAGAAAGACUGAACCCUAAUCGCCUAAUCGGUGCAAAUCGUUCUUCGCUCGUUCGAAACCUAUUUGGUGGAAGUUCUUAACCUAACUCCCUAAGUCCUAAUUCUAGUCUCUGAGGUAUUUAUAUCUACGGUUUUGUUGUGAAUUUGUUAUGUAUUUAUGUGUUGAUAAAUUGAUAGUAUGAAUGUAUGAUGAUGUUGAUAAUGUAAUUCAUGCUUAAUACCCUUAUACAUUUGACGAGUGGUAAUGAAUCUAUGAUGAUGUUGAUGUUGAUGUGUUAAUGCUGAAUAAUAUAUGAAUGUAUGCUCAGUUGCUCCUCACUGACUAAGUGUUAAAAAAAUGAUUUUCUGAGUACUAAACUAUGCAUAUUUGAAAUGUGAACUCUGACUCUGUGAGAGUCUGAGCAUUGAGAAUUCUUAAACCUGUAUGCCUAAUGUUUGAAUGAUGAUGGAGCCUGAGUUUUCAUCUGAAUUCUUAAAGUUGUAUAAUCGUAUGCCAAUAUCAUUUAUUAUUAUGCAUAUGUGAAUGAUGAUGAACUGAGGGUUGUCUUAAAUUCUGAAACCUGUAUGCCUAAUGUUUGAUUAUGCAUAUCACUAUAUCAACGUAUGUGAUAAUGUGAAUGAUGAUGUAAUGAGGCUUGUUCUUAGUUCUUAAAACUGUUUGCCUAAGGUAUGAGUAUGCAUAUGUGAAUGAUGAUGAAUGAUGGAGCCUGAGGGUUGUUCUGAAUUCUAUAAGUUGUAUGUCUAAUGUUUGAUUGUGCAUAUCAGCAUAUGUGAAUGAUGAUGAACUGAGGCUUGUUCUGAAUUUUUAAAAUUGUUUGCCUAAUGUAUGAUUAAUUCAUUAUGCAUAUGUGAAUGAUGAUGAAUGAUGGAGCCUGAGGGUUGUUCUGAAUUCUUAAAGCUGUAUGCCUAAUGUCCGAUUAGGCAUAUGUGAAUGAUGAUGGACUGAGGGUUGUUCUGAAUUCUUAAAGCUGUAUGCCUGAUGUUUAUUAUGCAUAUGUGAAUGAUGAUGAAUGAUGGCUUGUUCUGAAUUCUUAAAGUUGUAUACUUGUAUGCCUAAUAUUUGAUUAUGCAUAUGUCAAUACUGAUGGAGCCUCAAUGCCUUAUGUUGCAAUAUGCAUAUGAGAAAGGUAUAUGAGAUAUGUUUAUAUGUGCAUACAUGAAUGAUGAUGGAGGCAUGGAGCCUCAGGCUUAGCCCUGUUGUGUAUUCUGAAAGGUAAAGUGUGGAAGGUAAACAGUUGAAGCCUCUAUUAUUUCUUGCAUAUAAAAGAAGCUACCUUUGUGACUCUAACACUCAAAGGAGUAGUAAGAGUCUAUUGGUUCUUCUAAGUCUGUAGGGAAGAAUUAAGCCUACUGCUUAACUUUUCUGUAAAUCAGCAAGCUGAUUGUUCCAGACUAUAUGUUUAUGAACUUAAAGAAUGAAAUUUGACUCUCAUCCAUCUGUGUUGAAAAAAUUGUGAAAGCUUAAGGGUGGAAGCCUAAUCUACCUGACUACCUAUGUGUGUGCUUAAUUACUUAUUUACUUAUAUAGAUGGAUGGUCAAGAUUGUGUUUCCAUGCAUGUAUCUGGUGAACCUCCUCUAAGCCGAGAACCUGCAGUGGAAGCUCCCAUUGUAGAGAAUGCUGAUACUACUCAACAGACUAAUAUACCUGUUGGUUCUGGCCAAAAGAGGAAACAGGUUGAAUCUAGGUCCAAGAUAUGGGAACACUUUGUAAAGAUUUUUGAUGAAAAGGGAGUUCUUGUUAAAGGGAAAUGCAUAUAUUGUGCAAGAGUAUAUUGUUGUCAUUCAAAAAAACAUGGCACCUCAUCUAUAAGAAACCACAUGCUUAGUUGUCUGAAGAACACUCAUUCUAAGGACACUAGGCAAGUCCUUUUAACCUACCAACCAAUCACUGCUGCUAUUCCUACUGAAGAACCUACUGGGGUUUUAGGAACCUGGGUGUUUGACCAAACUGCAAUUAGAAGAGCUCUGGCAGAAAUGCAUAUAAUUGAUGAGCUUCCUUUUAGGUUUGUUGACAGACAGGGUUUUAGAAAGUUUAUGUCCAUAGCUUGCCCUAGAUUUAAAAUCCCUUCUAGAUGGACCAUUGCAAGGGAUAUUUACCAAAUCUACUUAGAUGAGAAGCUUAAUUUGAAAAGGCUAUUUAGGGAGACAACACAAAGGGUAAGUAUUACUACUGACACAUGGACCUCUGUACAGAGGAUCAACUACAUGUGUAUUACUGCUCAUUACAUAGACCAUCAAUGGAAGCUUCAAAAAAAGAUCAUUUCCUUUGUCCAAGUUACUUCUCACAAAGGGGAGUACAUUGCUAAGGCUCUUGAGAACUGCCUUUUAGAGUGGGGGCUGAAAAAUAUAUUUACAGUUACUGUGGAUAAUGCAAGCAGUAAUGAUACAGCUGUAGGCUUCUUCAAGAAAAAACUAUUAUCUUGGGGUGCCUCUUCUGUGAAGGUCCAGUAUCUUCACAUGAGAUGUAUUGCCCACAUUCUAAACUUGGCAGUUCAAGAUGGUUUAAAGCAAGCUGACACUUCUCUGUCUAGGGUUAGGGGAGCAGUUAAGUAUGUUAGGAAUUCUCCUGCUAGGCUUCAAAAGUUUAAGGACAUAUCUGACUUAAUUGGGGUGGAAGCUAAAUGUGGACUACACCUUGAUGUUCCAACUAGGUGGAAUUCCACAUACCUAAUGCUAAAGUCAGCUUUAUGUAAUGAAAAAGUUUUUGAAGCCUAUGAGGAGAAUGUAAGCAGUUAUUCAGUUGAUUUGGGUCUUGAUACUUUAGAUACUAUGGAUUGGAUUUCUUGUGAGUCUAUGGUCACAGUUCUUCAAAAUUUCUAUGAGAUGACACUCAGGAUUUCAGGCUCUCUCUAUGUUACAUCUAAUACUUUCUUCUCAGAAGUGUCUGAUCUGUUUCUGGUCCUUCAGGACUUGAUGAAGUCAGAUAGACCUUCUACAAGUAGCAUGGGAAGUACUAUGAAAUCCAAACUAGAUAAGUAUUGGGGAGAUCCUGAAAAGAUGAACUUUCUGAUAUUCUUUGCAAAUGUUCUAGACCCUAGGGACAAGUUUGAAUACCUGCCCUUUCAGUUGAAUGCUCUGUAUACUGAAAAAAAGGGUGAGAAGUUUUUUGAAAGUAUUAAAGUAGCUCUGACUGAGUUAUUUUCAGAUUAUGUGAGUAAUUACACAGAUUGUGUUGGUGGAAGCUCUGAAUCAAGCUCAACUCCUGCUGGUUUAGUGAUUUAUGAGGAAGAGUCUGCAAGACCAGUCUCUAAAUUCAAAGCACAACUUAAAAAACAGAAACUAGAGAGUGGGUAGUUGGGCUUGAAAAAAACUGAGUUGGAAAUUUAUUUGAGUGAGGCUAUUCUUGAGGAAGAUAAAGACUUUGAUAUAUUACGAUGGUGGAAAUUAAAUAGUCAAAGAUUCCCUAUACUCUCAAGAAUGGCUAGAGAUAUUCUAGCUGUUCCCAUCUCCACAGUUGCUUCUGAAUCCACUUUCAGUACUAGUGGCGGGGUUUUAGAUUGCUUUAGAAGUUCAUUGACUCCUAAAAUAGUGGAAGCUUUGAUUUGUUGUCAAGAUUGGUUGAGAAAGCAAAACCAACCUCUGUCAAUUGAAGAAAAUAUUGAUGAACUUGAGAGGCUGGAAACAGGUUAUUUUAUUUUUACAUGUGCUUAAUGUGCUUAAUGUUUAUAUAUUUUUAGGAUGCCUUAACAAAUCUCUUUGGUUUUGCAGAUUUAAUAAAUGGGACAUGUGCUGCUUCUGAAAAUGCCUCUGGAUCUUCUGUGGAUCCUUCACAAGUCAAUUUAAUGGUUUACUUAAUUAUUAUAAGUUUAUAAGAUUAUGCAGUAUCUGGUGCUAUUCAGCUUCUGAAAAUUUUGGUUAUGAUGAAAGCUUCCACCAUAUACUGAAAUAAGAUUGGGUUGGUAUUAAAUGUAGUAGUGGUAAUUUGGAUUUGGCCUCCAUUGUAUCUUUACAUAAUGAGAAUAUGAGAUGGCUUGAAACCUAUCACUAUCUACAUUGGAUGCCCUCAAUCUGGUUUGAAUGGACAAGAAGCAAUCUGAACCUAUAUUUAAUAACUUUGUGAAUUGUAAUUAUGGACUUAUGGUCUUAUGGAAGUGUAAGUGUUGGAUGUCUUGUAUUCCAGUUCCCAGGUUGCCCACAACCCCUAUUCACUUUCUGGCUUUCUGCUGCUAUUCAAUUUCACACCCUUUGUUUUCUAGUACAACUGAACAAGUGCUUCUUCAUUUAAAUUUGUCUUUGUGAUAUAAAUAUUUUCCAUUAUAAGUGGUUCUUCCCAUUUUGGUUAUGAUGAAAGCUUCCACCAUAUACUGAAAUAAGAUUGGGUUGGUAUUAGAUGUAGUAGUGGUAAUUUGGAUUUGGCCUCAAUUGUAUCUUAGAUAAUGAGAAUAUGAGAUGGCUUGAAACUCACCACAUCUACUUUGGAUGCCCCCAAUCUGGUUUGAAUAGACAAGAGGCAAUCUGAACCUAUAUUUAAUAAAUUUAUGGAUUGUGAUGAUGACUAUGUGCUUAUGUAGUGCUAUUCAGUUUCUGACUCUUUGUUUGUAUGUGCAGGAUGAUUAUUGAGGACUGAGGACUGAGGAGAAUUGGAAACUGGAAAGUGGUCAUACUUUAUAGUUUUUGCUUUGUAAACACUUAUGCAGCUUUAUGCUAUGGUUUGUAAACUUUGGUGUUAACCUUGUAGUUUUUGCCAAGUACUCUAUUAACUUUUUCUGGGCUUGGUUUGUAAUUUAAGUAUCAAGUAUGAAGUAUGUAGCCAGUAGGCAAUAGACAAUUAGACAUGUAGUUUGUAAUUGUGCAUUUGUAGCUUUGUGCAACUCAACCAGUUGGGUUCCAGAACACUACCAACUUUUAUUCUGUAAAAGAAAAUUGUAAUUCUGUACUGGACAGUUUGUAAAUUUGCGAA